ACAGAAUAACAGAUUUUUUAUAUUCGUUGUUAAAAACACCGACACGUUGUGGCACUCCAAUGUCAGUCUCAGAUCUCGAUCAGUAACAGUGAAGCCUGUUUGCGAGUAAUUUUGUAGGGGAAUCUCAACGUCUGUGUACCCAAUCGUAGUUCAAUCGCAUGGCAAUGGCCGUUCGCGGAAGCAGAGGUGGUGGAUCCGGUGGUCUGAAUUCCGGUUUUCGGAGCUUCUUCUCGUACCGGAUCUUUGUCUCCGCCAUGUUUUCUCUUCUCUUCAUCGCCACGCUCUCCGUCGUCCUCACCACACAGCCCUCUACACAAAACGAUGACUCUCAACUGCCGAUUACCUCGAACGCUUAUGUGGGUCGCAGUUUCUUAGCGUUAAAAUCGGACCCAUUAAAGACUCGAUUGGAUUUGGUUCACAAGCAAGUGAACGAUCACAUGAUGCUUCUGAAUGCUUAUGCCUCUUAUGCGAGGAAGCAAAAGCUUGAUAUUUCCAGGCAAAUGAAGAUGUUUGAUGAGUUAGCGACGAAUAUUUCUGAUCUCGCGAUGAAACCCAAUUAUCGUUCGGCUUUGUUUGAAUCUGACGGGCCUGUGGACGAGGAUGUGUUGAGGCAGUUCGAGAAAGAGGUGAAGGACAAGGUGAAGAUCGCUAGAACCAUGAUUGCAGAGACCAAGGAGAACUAUGACAACCAGAUGAAGAUUCAGAAAUUGAAGGAUACCAUAUUCGCUGUGAACGAGUUACUGGCUAAGGCCAAGAAGAACGAGGUGCUUGCCAGCAGUAUUGCUGCUAAAUCGACCCCCAAGAGUCUGCAUUGCCUGUCGAUGAGGCUUGUUGGGGAAAUGAUUUUGGCACCGGAAAAUUACACAGAUGAGGGUCCAGAGCCAGAAUUUGAGGAUCCAAGUUUGUAUCAUUACGCAAUUAUUUCUGAUAAUGUUCUUGCGGUGUCGGUUGUGGUGAAGUCAGUGGUGAAUAAUUCAGACGAGCCAUGGAAACAUGUGUUUCAUGUGGUGACGGACCGGAUGAAUGCAAAUGCAAUGAAAGUUUGGUUCAAGAAGAGGCCUGCGGAAGGGGGUGCCUUUGUGGAGAUAAAGGCAAUGGAGGAUUUCGCUUUCUUGAACUCAGAGUAUGUGCCGGUGUUGAAGCAGCUCCAAUCAGGACACAUACAGAAUUUUUACUUUGCGAAUAAGGCAGAGAAUUCGAAUAAGGACAUGAGUAAUAUCAAGUUUAAGAACCCCAAAUAUAUGUCCAUGUUGAAUCAUCUACGAUUUUAUUUGCCAGAGAUGUACCCCAAGCUGCACAAGAUCUUGUUUUUGGACGACGAUGUUGUGGUGCAAAAGGACUUGACUCAGUUAUGGAACAUUAAUUUGGAUGGCAAAGUGAACGGGGCUGUGGCAACCUGUUUUGGGUCAUUUCACCGUUAUGGGCAGUACUUGAACUUUUCACACCCUCUCAUUAAGGAGAAGUUUAAUUCCAAGGCUUGUGCUUGGUCAUUUGGGAUGAAUAUUUUCGAUCUCGAUGCUUGGAGACGAGAGAAAUGUACGGAACAAUAUCAUCACUGGCAGAAGAUGAAUGCAGAUCGAACUUUGUGGAGACUGGGUACCCUUCCAGCUGGCUUGGUGACCUUCUACUCCACAACAAAGUCACUGGACAAAUCUUGGCAUGUUGUAGGACUUGGAUACAAUCCAAGUAUUAGCAUGGAUGAAAUCAAUAAAGCUGCUGUUAUUCAUUACAAUGGGAACAUGAAACCUUGGCUUGACAUUGCUAUAAACCAGUACAAGGAACUCUGGACCAAAUAUGUGGACCAUGGAAUGGAGUUCGUGGGAGCGUGCAAUUUCGGUCUCUAGAUGAGUAUGAUUGCUGCUCUGUCAUCCUCAAGUAAUACGGGUGCGAGUUGCAGAUAGUUUUCCAUGGUGGGUAAUUACUAGUUGCUGGAUCCUUUUGUCAAACAAGCAAAGCUCCAUAAUUUUGCUUCUGUUUUCCUUUAUUGUUCUGAAAAUGAUAUUAUGAUUCUCUGUCUCUCUCUCUGAGUUGUAUCCAGAAAAGAUGGGAAUGAAGGCUCAAUAUUGAUUCUUUUGAUUGAAAUGUUUUAAAUGAAUGAAUUUAUUGACCAGAAAUUGCAUUCUAAUGCUGUUUGAUUUUGGCAGCUUUGAUU